AACAGGAAGUGCCAUCUAAACACUGCUUAGCCGUUAGCGCUGUAAGAUAAAUUUAGCAACAACAAAAUGAUGAACGACAGUGAACUUGCCACUUUGCGGAAUAGAUUUAAGAAAGAUGCGGAGUUUCUUAUGCAGACAAGGACACAUGGUGACGAAGAUGAGAAGAGCCAGGAGGACAAAGAUGCUAAGCCUCUCACUCGCAUUAACAGACACUCCGUUUUCUGGAUCGUGGCAUCUGUAGCUGUUACCUACUAUGUGGAUUUCUUCAACAACAUCAUAGAGAACGAGGAUAUCAAAAGUUGGUGGUUCAAUGCGGGUCUGGGCCUCCUCGGGACCUGCCUGUCUCUGGCCAUGUUCUGCAUCAUGUACCUGGAGUGUUACAAAGGCAUCAAUCACUACGAACAAGUGUACCCUGCCAUUCCUCCCGUCACCACCGCAGCCUUCAUUGCUGCAUCUUGCAGCCUAAACAUUGCCCUGUGGCCAGUGUGGUCCUUCCUCACUCCGCUCAUCCUCUUCACACAGUUCAUGGGUGUGGUCAUGUUCAUCUCUAUGCUUGGGUGAAGACGAUACUUUCCUUUCUUUUUCUACAAAAAUGUAUUUUUUGUUAUGAAUAACAUUGCAUUUGGCCUUAAACUGGACAUAGACAUAUGGUUCCUGUGUUGUUUAACAUGAAAUAUGCUUUGUACUAGUUUUCUUCGUAUGGGUUUUCUCCCUUACAUACACACAUUUCUUAAACAAUGCUUAGCUGCAUCAACACACACUGGUGCCUAUAACAUUUAAAAUCUUAGACACUCCAACGCUCACAGAAAUGGUCCCAUUGUCUCCCCUCUGUCCCUCACACCUCCCGGUCUUACACCUGCAGCAGGUUGAUGUAGAGCGCCCUGAAACCACAAAGCUGUUGUCAGUGUGUAUUGAUGCUUUAGGCCGGGGCAGGUCAGCACUGUGUGUGUGUGUAACCUGAGAGUGUACCCAUCUCACUUUAUGAUUUGUCACUGCUAUGUUUUGCUGAAGAAAAGAAUGUGUGGCGAUGUGUUGCAUUGUGUAGAGUGUUUGGCACUAGUGUGACGAGUGAUUCGAGAAUAGCCUCUUUCACAGCAGACAUUUUGGCGCAGUAGGAAAAGGUGAAACUACGGCUUUGUUGAUUUAUUUUUAUUUAAAUACACCUGUGCUAAUCCUAACAUGACAAGUUAAAAUAUCCACUGUGAAAAUGACCAUGUGUAUUUAUAUAUGUGUGUGUGUGAGAAAGUGUUGUUACUGUUAAUGAAACUAACAAAGAUUUUAAAUUAUUUCUCACUUUUCGUUCUGGAGAAUUCCAAGACUUCUCAUAUUGUGCAAAAUGUUCUUUCUUUAAUAAACAUUUAUAACUGUU